GAUAUUCGUAACGAGUGAUAGAGAUUCCUUGUUUAAGGUUACACGAAGAUGCCACGUGCACAGUGAUCGAGGUUUAAAAAAAUUCGCAAACCCAAAGCAAAGUUUGCUGCCGGCAAUUGUUGUCUUCUACGUUACCGUGAUACGACCAACUCGCUGCUGUUAUUUUUCUUCGAAAAGACCACUAUGCCCUUCCUCUGAUCGCCGGUCGUUCAGUCAAUAGUCUCAUGCCAUGGCCUCCAGGCGGGCCCUCUUAGCUGCCGUCGUCCUCCUCUACCUGGUUUUUUCUUCAGAGUCUCUCGACUUCAACAUACACGGAAAAUACAAAAUUCAUGGCCCCAUCAAAACCCUCGUGGUACUGGUCAUGGAGAAUCGCUCCUUCGAUCACGUUCUCGGUUGGCUCAAAUCGGCUCGACCCGAAAUCGAUGGUCUAACGGGGAAAGAAUCGAACCGAGUUAACGCCUCUGACCCAGACUCGCCAGAAAUUUGGGUCUCCGAUGAUGCUCUGUUCGUGGACUCCGACCCAGGCCACUCGUUUCAGGCAAUUCGUGAACAGGUGUUCGGCACGGGGGAUUGGUUCCAGAAUCCGGCUCCGAUGAGCGGGUUCGCGCAGCAGGCGAAGAACAUGAGUGAGGGUUUGUCGAAAACCGUUAUGAGCGGGUUCAAGCCGGCGGUGCUGCCGGUUUACACUGCGCUGGCGAACGAGUUCGCGGUGUUCGACCGCUGGUUCGCGGCGGUUCCGGCGUCGACUCAGCCGAACCGGUUCUACGUCCACUCAGCGACGUCGCACGGUGCGACGAGCAAUGUACGGAAAGACCUCAUCCAUGGGUUUCCACAGAGGACGAUUUUCGAUUCGUUGGACGAAAAUGACCUCUCCUUUGGGAUUUAUUACCAGAACAUCCCUGCAACACUGUUCUUCAAGAGCUUGAGGAAGCUGAGGCACGUGACUAGGUUUCAUGACUAUGCAUUAAAGUUCAAAUUGCAUGCUAAGAGGGGUAAGCUUCCGAAUUAUGUGGUGAUAGAGCAGCGGUACUUCGAUGUGAAGGAGUUUCCGGCGAAUGAUGAUCACCCAUCACACGAUGUGGCCAUUGGGCAGAAGUUUGUGAAGGAGGUUUAUGAGAUUCUGCGUUCUAGCCCUCAGUGGAAGGAGAUGGCAUUGUUGAUCACAUAUGAUGAGCAUGGUGGGUUCUACGAUCAUGUGCCCACCCCUGUAUCUGGUGUCCCAAACCCAGAUGGGAUCAUUGGGCCUGAUCCUUUUUAUUUUCGGUUUGAUCGGUUGGGUGUUCGGGUUCCCACCAUACUGGUCUCACCAUGGAUUGAGAAGGGCACUGUGAUUCAUGAGCCAACUGGGCCAACCCCACAUUCACAGUUUGAACACUCUUCCAUCCCUGCAACUGUAAAGAAGCUUUUCAAUCUGAAGUCAAAUUUCCUGACUAAGAGGGAUGCAUGGGCUGGAACUUUUGAGAAUUAUUUCUACUUCCGUGACACUCCUCGUGAUGAUUGCCCAGAAACACUUCCGGAGGUAACAACACCACUGAGGCCACGGGGACCAAAGGAAGAUUUGAGCCUCUCUGAAUUCCAAGUCGAACUGAUCCAGCUUGCAUCCCAGCUAAAUGGUGAUUAUGUCCUGAAUACCUACCCAUACAUUGGCAAAAGCAUGACUGUGGGUGAAGCCAACCGGUAUGCAGAGGAUGCAGUGAGAAGGUUUCUGGAAGCUGGAAAGGCUGCUCUAAGAGCCGGGGCCAAUGACUCUGCCAUUGUCACAAUGAGACCUUCACUCACUAGCAGAACUAUGGGGCCAGAUUACAAGAAGUACGUAGAAACCCAAUGAUUCCACUUCAGGAAUACCUGUAUAUACAAGCUCCAGCUCUUCCACUAUUAUAUGUGUAUCAUUCUUCUAAACUUUAUAUUCAUGUAUGUAGUAGGUCCAUCUAUCAAACAGAACGAUAGGUCAGUGACACCCAAAAUUAAAAGGGCUUCUAGCCUUUCAUGAUACUCAAAUCACUGAGAUGGAUGGCUAUCUCAUUAGGGACUUCUUCCACACAUUUGUGUUGGAUCAAGUGGGUACACUUCUGAUUCA